UUACUCACGAGGCUGAGGCAGAAGAAUUGCUUGAACCUGGGAGGCGGAGGUUGUAGUGAGCCGAGAUUGUGCCACUGCACUCCAGCCUGGGCAAAAGAGAAAGACUCCAUCUCAAAAAAAAAGAGAGAGAGACCCUGCUACCUCCUUCAGCAUUCCUUUCCCAGACAAAGCAAGUGGAAAAGAAAGUAAUAAUAAGGGGGACAAUAAUCAAUUGCCGUAAGCCACUCACCAUUUCAAAUAUUGGGCCAGGAGCGGUGGCUCAAGCCUGUAAUCCCAGCACUUUGGGAGGCCGAGGCGGGUGGAUCACGAGGUCAAGAGAUCGAGACCAUCCUGCUCAACAUGGUGAAAUCCCCUCUCUACUAAAAAUACAACAAAUUAGCUGGGCGUGGUGGCGCUUGCCUGUAAUCCCAGCUACUCAAGAGGCUGAGGCAGGAGAAUUGCCUGAACCCAGGAGGUGGAGGUUGCGGUGAGCCAAGAUCGCGCCAUUGCACUCCAGCCUGGGUAACGAGCGAAAGUCCGUCUCAAAAAAAAAUAUUUUUUUUCAAAUAUUGUAUAUAUAUAUAGCCAACCUAUUUGUAGAUAGUGAAAAUAAAUUAUUCCCCUAUCAUCUUAGUUAUUAUUCCAAUUUAAUAUCACUCUUCAUUCUCCAGACGUUUUUUUUUUUUUUGAGAUAGCGUCUCCUUCAGUUGUCCAGGCUGGAGUGCAGUGGUACAAUCUCAGCUCACUGCAACUUCCACCUUCCGGAUUUCAAGCUAUUCUCCUGCCUCAGCCUUCAGAGUACCUGGGAUUACAGGUACCCACCAUACCCAGCGAGUUUUUAUAUUUUUAGUAGAGGUAGGUUCCACCAUAUUGGUUAGGCUGGUCUCAAACUCCUGACCUCAGGUGAUCUGCCCGCCUCUGCCUCCCUAACUACUGGGAUUACAGGCGCAAGCCACUGUUCCUGGCCCAUUCUCCAGGCAUGUGCCACAACGUCCAGCUAAUUUUUUUUUUUUUUUUUGAGAUGGAGUCUCACUUCGUUGCCCAGGCUGGAGUGCAGAGGUGUGAUCUGGGCUCACUGCAACCUCCACCUUCCCAGUUCAAGCAAUUAUCUUGUCUCAGCCUCCCAAGUAGCUGGAACAACAGGUGCCUGCCACCAAGCUUGGCUAAUUUUUGUGUUUUUAGUAGAGACAGACUUUACCUUAUUGAUCAGGCUGAUCUCUAACUCCUGACCUCAGGUGAUCCACCUACCUCGGCCUCUCAAGUGCUGGGAUUACAGGCAUGAGCCACAACCAUGCCCAGCCUAACUUUUUGUAUUUUUAGUAGAGACGGGGAUUCUACAUGUUGAUCAGGCUGGUCUCGAACUCCUGACCUCAGGUGGUCUGCCUGCUUCAGCUUCCCAAAGUGGUGGGAUUAUAGACAUGAGCAACAGCUACCAGCCCCCAUUCUCUAGAUUUUUUAAAUGCAUUUUCAGAACUCUGGUAUGACAAAGUUUCAGAACUCCAGCCUGGGCAACAGAGCGAGACUCUGUCCCAAAAACAAAAAAAAUCCUGCAGUUGCUUCCAUGUUUAGGUGCUGCCCACCGAGGGUCCAAAGUUGGAAAGGAAAAGAGAGAGACAGAGAGGGAGAGAUAGAGAGAGAGAAAGAGAGAGAGAGAGAGAACGCACCACUGUAAUUGAGCAGAAAGGAAAGGGAGAAAAAUAAAUCCCAAACUUUGGGCUUUUCUCUUUCUCCUGGCUGGCUCACAAAAAUAUAUUAUUGGUGGAGGGUGUCCACGUUCUUGGCAUCUUGAACAAUUGGACAAAACGCACAAACAAAGCAAGGAAGGAAUGACCGGUUUUAUUGAAAAUGAAAGUACACUCCACAGUGUGGGAGUGAGCCUGAGCAUAGGGGCUCAAAGGCCCUGUUACAGAGUUUUUGUGAGUUUAAAUACCCUCUACUUGGGGUAAGCCCUAUGGAAAUGAAGAGGAUGAAGUAAAGUUACAGUUACAAAGUUAUUGAUGGCAUAUGCCCUAUGGAAAGGAUAUUUCCUAUUAUAGCCGAAGUGUGAAUUGGCCUUGUGUUCCCUGCCGCCAGACCCUAUUUUACUGCCUCGCAUGGAAAGCAGAGGGUCUUUAGAAGAAUUCUCAGUGAUCCAGAAAUUGGAAGCAAGGCCCAGCUUACACCUUAGAGGCUCAGGGAAAAGCCUGAUGCCUACCUAUAGGACAGAGGCACAUCCACCUCCAGGUGGGCGGGGAGCCUUCUUUCAGCCCCAGCUCUGCCCCUGGGCUUGGAUGGACAGACCAACAUUACCUCCAGAGACUCCCCAUGUCUUCCCUGCCCCAGCUGCCUAGACCCCUUCAGCUGCACAUUCUUUUCUUUCCUUUUUUUUUUUGAGACGGAGUCUCUUUCUGUCGCUCAGGCUGGAGUGCAGUGGUACGAUCUCGGCUCACUGUAACCUCUGCCUCCCAGGUUCAAGCAAUUCUUUCCCUCAGCCUCCAGAGUAGCUGGGAUUACAGGCGCCCGCCACCACGCCUGGCUAAUUUUUUGUAUUUUUAGUAGAGACGGAGUUUCACCAUCUUGGUCAGGCUGGUCUUGAACUCCUGACCUCGUGAUCCACGCCUGGGCCUCCCAAAGUGCUGGGAUUACAGGCAUGAGCCCUGCCCGGCCUAAACGUCCUUUCUUUAGAUAGGCUGAUACCCUCCUUCCUGGAAACGGUCCAGUCCUGCCCGCCUGGCGCUCUGCUCUGUGGAUCUGAGGUUUUACUCCCUGUCUAACUGGGGUCGGGGUGGAGUGCAAUCUCAUUGCUCUCUCGUCUCUUGGCCCCUCUUGUCUCCUGGAGACCCAGGUUAAGUAGCCAGAGGGCUCCGAGGGUCCUCUCCCUCCGUGGGAUUGCAGAGUACUGGGAUUCUCCCUCCCGGGAUUGCGAGGCAGUGCCAUCCUCGGAGCAGGACAGCCUCAGGCGCCCUGCCCAAAGCCCAGCAGGGGCGUGUCCGAGAGCUCACCUGCCAUUGGUCAGGUGGGGCCGUCGGCCGCGAGAACUCCCGCGCUAUAAGUUUGGAGCGGGUGGCUGCAGAGCCAGGCGCGGCGCAGGAUGGUGGACAGCGUGUAUCGGACCCGCUCCCUGGGGGUGGCAGCCGAAGGGCUCCCGGACCAGUACGCGGAUGGGGAGGCAGCGCGUGUGUGGCAGAUGUACAUCGGAGACACCCGCAGCCGCACCACCGAGUACAAGGCAUGGCUGCUGGGGCUGCUGCGCCAGCACGGCUGCCAGCGGGUGCUCGACGUGGCCUGUGGUACCGGGGUGGACUCCAUUAUGCUGGUGGAAGAGGGCUUCAGCGUGACAAGUGUGGAUGCCAGUGACAAGAUGCUGAAGUAUGCGCUUAAGGAGCGCUGGAACCGGCGGCAUGAGUCUGCCUUCGACAAGUGGGUCAUCGAAGAAGCCAACUGGAUGACUCUGGACAAAGAUGUGCCCCAGCCAGCAGGGGGUGGCUUUGAUGCUGUCAUCUGUCUUGGAAACAGUUUCGCUCACUUGCCAGACUGCAAAGGGGACCAGAGUGAGCACCGGCUGGCGCUGAAAAACAUUGCAAGCAUGGUGCGGGCAGGGGGCCUGCUGGUCAUUGAUCAUCGCAACUACGACCACAUCCUCAGCACAGGCUGUGCACCCCCGGGGAAGAACAUCUACUAUAAGAGUGACUUGACCAAGGACAUCACAACAUCAGUGCUGACAGUGAACAACAAGGCCCACAUGGUGACCCUGGACUACACAGUGCAGGUGCCAGGGGCUGGCCAGGAUGGCUCUCCUGGCUUGAGUAAGUUCCGGCUCUCCUACUACCCGCAUUGUCUGGCAUCCUUCACGGAGUUGGUCCAAGCAGCCUUCGGGGGCAAGUGCCAGCACAGCGUCCUGGGCGACUUCAAGCCUUACAAGCCAGGCCAAGCCUACAUUCCCUGCUACUUCAUCCAUGUGCUCAAGAGGACAGACUGAGUGUGGCCUCAGCUCCCACAAGCCUCCACCCAGGCCCUGCUAGGCUCUGUCUGCAAGAUGGGGACCAGCAGCCACACACGAGGCCCAGCCUCUAGAGCAGACUACAGAUGGGGUACAGGGAUGUGGGUUCUGCAGACGGAAGGGUAAACAAUAUAGUCUGUGCCCUUUUCAGUUCC